CGCACCCCUCUCUGUAGCUACUUCCGGGGCACGCACGUGUGAAUUUCUCUUUCCAAUGUGCGUGUUAGGGCUGCAAGGAAAGGUGUAAAAGCAGUAAAAUGGCAUCUCCUGAAGAGGACUUCCCACGUGGAGGCAUAUCCAAGAAGAUCAGUGGGAGCAAACCUGUGGUCCAACACGUUGAAGCAGACAACUUGUUCCAGACCUGUGAGACAGCAGAAAAUAAGAAGAAAAGGAAAAGCAUAAAACAAGGAGAUGGGAAGGAUGCAAAGAAGCAGAAAAUUGCUAAAGAAGAAUCGCUGAAACUCAACGCAGCUAAAACUGUUGACAUUCUCCAUCUGAAGAACAUCAAGGUUGGAACAUUGAUCCUGGGCUGUGUAAAGGAGGUCACUGAUUUCGAGGUGGUCAUCAGCCUUCCUAGUGGAAUCACAGGCUUCCUCCCAGUAACCAACCUCUCUGAGGCAUACAGAAAGAUGCUCUGCAGCCAGCUGGACUUGGAUGAUGACACAGAGGAAAUAUUCACUCUGCCCUACCUCUUUCCACUGGGAAUGCUGGUGCGUUGUGUUGUGUCCAGUUUGGGAACCACAAAAACUGGUCACAUAAGCCUCAAGCUCUCCAUUGAUCCUAAGCUUGUCAACAGUGGUCUCAAUGCAGGAACCCUGAAAGCUGGAAUGGUGCUCAGCGGCUGUGUGGAGAGUAUUGAGGACCACGGCUUUCUGGUUGACAUUGGUCUGAGCGGGACCAGAGCUUUCCUUGCAAAACCAGAAGCCAACCAGUGUUCUGCAAAACAGGCCGAACUCAAGGUCGGUCAGUACGUCACCUGUCUGCUGGAGGAGGUUAAAAACAACGGGCGCAUCGUCCGUGUCUCGAUGAACCCCGCAACAGUCGCCCAGACUUUUGCUACGGCUGAGCACGGCUGGACCCUGAGCAGCCUUUUGCCGGGUCUUUUGGUCAACGCAGAGAUCAAGAAGGUGACCAAAAAUGGCUUGGUGCUCGAAUUUCUCUCCUCCUUCACUGGCACUGUAGACUUUCUCAACAUGGAUCCUGAGAGAGCAGAAAGCUACAGCCCUGGAGAUAAAUUGAAAGCGUGUGUGCUGUACGUGGAGCCCAGCACGCGGUCGGUGGGUUUGUCACUGCUCACGCACCUCUUCAAGCCAGGGUGCGUGGUGGAGCCGGUGUUCAGCGAGCGGGUAGGCGAGGUCGUGGAGGGCUGCAGGCUCAAGUGCUUGCAUAGCGCAUCCGGGGCCAUUCUGGAGCUGCCGGAAAAGACGGUGGCCUUCGUUCAUAGAAAUUACCUGCAGGAGGCCAAUGAAUCUUUCAGCCAUAACAAGAUCAUAAGCACACUGUCCCAUGUGUGCAGGAUCAUGGACUUCAGUCCACUGGAGCAGAUGCACACAGCCAGUUUGCGCAGGAGUAUUAUUGAUACACCCUUUCUCAGAUAUCAAGACAUAAGACCUGGGCAGUUGUUAGAGGGUACGGUAUUAUCUGUGCAGCCCUCUGGAGUGAUCGUCAAGGUGACUGAUCACAUUAGGGGACUGGUCCCCAGUCUUCAUGUCGCUGAUGUAGUCCUGAAGAACCCGGAGAAAAAGUACAGUGUGGGGAAAAAAGUCAAGUGUCGGGUGCUGUUAGUGGAGCCUCCCUCUAGGAAGCUCCUGCUGACGAGGAAGAAGGCCCUACUGGACUCCACCCUCCCCCUCAUCCGCAGCUACGCAGAAGCCAGGGUUGGGAAGGUUUCCCACGGCUACGUCGUCUGUGUGAAGGACUUUGGCUGCAUCGUGCGCUUCUACGGCAACGUGAAGGGUCUGGUCCCACUGCAGGAGCUCACCGCAGAGCCAGUGGUCGAUCCGCAGCAGCUUUUCUAUGUUGGACAGGUUGUGAAGACUAAGGUCUUGUCAUGUAACGCUGAACAGGAGAAGCUGCUCCUGUCCUUCAAGGCUGCGAUGGGCCCAGAGAGUGACAGCAUGAAAGAGCACCUUCAGGAGUUUAACUUCGAAAUUGGAACGAAAGUAGAAGCCAGGAUUGUGAAGAAACUUCCGGAUGUCCUGCAGAUGUCGAUCCUGCCUGAAGAAUCUCCAGCUCUCCUUCCGAGAGCCCAUCUGUCUGACCACGUCUCCAACUGCUCUUUGCUUUGGGAAGCAUUAAGAGAGGGAGAUGUGGUCUCCAAUGCAGUUUGUCUCAGCAAGAGCAAGAGCAACGCUAUACUAACUAAGAAGCCAAUUGUGGCAGCUGCCCUAGAGGAUGGCUUUGUAGCCAGGGACUUCUCUGACCUCCAGGUGGGAAUGCAGCUCGUGGGCUGGGUCAAGAACAUCAUGCCAUACGGGGUCUUUGUGGAGUUCCCAUAUGGUCUCGUAGCACUGGCGCCCAAAUCGGCUAUUAGUGACAUGUUUGUCACCAGCACUGAGGGCAUCUUCCAGAUAGGCCAGACUUUGUUGACUAAAGUGACCAACCUGGAUGAGGAGAAGCGCAGGGUGCUGGUGUCCCUGAAGGUGUCGGACGUCUCCUCUGGAGAGGAGGAUUCCCUAGGCAGGCUGUUACAUGGCUUGCAAGAGCGGACAGCGAUGGUAAAAAUGAUGUCAUCCAGAGCUGAUCUGAAGCUGCCCGAGUUUCUCUGCAGUCUGACUCUGGGUCAGAAGCUGAAGGUGACAGUUGGCACUGUGAAAGAGGAUGGGAGCGUGACCUUUGUGGGAGAUGAGCUCCCUGGGGUCACCGUAGUGGCCAAGAAGUACCAUGUGACUGGUGUGAAAGUGGCUCCAGGAGAGAAAGUCACUGUGGUGGUACUCCAUGUGGACCUGCUGGCUCUUCAGGUCCAUGUGUCCCUCAUUCCCGAGUUGGUGGGAAAGAAGAAGCAUCUUGAGACGGGCUCCACUCUGCCAGCGGCGGUGCGGUAUCUGGAGGAGGAGUUUGCUGUCAUCUCGCUGGCUGAUAAAGGCCACCUGACUGUGGUUCACACGACUGCCCAUUUGAAUGAAUCGUUCCGCUUCAAGUCUCAGAAGCUGGCUGUGGGGAGCAGCCUGAGCGUCAUCGUGAAGGACUCCAGCUGUGAAGAGCUUGGAGGGCUUCCUCUGGUGUUACGGGCUGCACUCGCUGAGGGUGCCCAAGGUCCCACCCUCGAUGGGUCCGCGAAGCCCUACAGGAUCGGCAAUGUGGUGACGGGCACCGUGAAAGCGAUUCGACCCCUCUCUAUACUCGUAAGCUUGCCGGACAACGUCAAGGGCAGCAUCCACGUCUCUCAGAUCAAGGAUGUGGUCAGUCCGGGCUCUUACCCCACCUCCACCGUGAAGAAGGGCAGCACGGUCACUGCCAAGGUCAUCGGCACCAAGGAUGUGGCUGCUCAUAAUUACCUGCCAAUUUCCCAUCCUGCAUUCAAGUUUACCGUGCCUGAGCUGACCAUGUUGCCAAGCGUAAUGGAAGGCAAUGCCAGUUUGCAGGGCGCCAAGAUGAUGAGGAAACUGAAAAGAUAUCGUCCUGGAGACGAAAUCACCUGCUAUGUGUCAAAGUAUAACAUGCAGAAGAAGUACCUGGAGGUGGAGGUGUCCCCCUUCAUCAGUGGGGUUGUCGAUUUGUUGCUCAUGACUCUUGACCAUAAAAAACUGAAGCACCCAGAGAAGAUGUAUCGUACGGGCCAGGCACUUAGCGCUAAAGUAGCUGGACACUCCCAUGUCCCGAAGCAGCUCUCCCUGUCUCUUACAGGUGUAUACAGCCUCAGCACCGGGGCGGUGACCCUCGGCAUUGUGCGGAAGGUGGUGGCGCACAGUGGUCUGGCAGUGUCACUGCCUUUCGGCAGGUCAGGGUUCGUGUCUCUGCUGGACCUGGCUGACUCCUACAGACCCAACCCCCUGGAAACGUACCUGGUCGGCACCAUCGUCAGGUGCUGCGUCAUUGGAGAGGACGACGGGUCUUUGCAGCUGUCUCUCCGUCCGUCCAGGGUGAAGGCCAGCUCAGCACCUCCUGUGAGGGAUGUAGAAGUUUUGUCCAUCGACGAUCUUAAGGAAGGCCAGAUUGUUCGUGGUUAUGUCAAAUCCGUAGGAGACUCUGGGGUUUUUAUAAGGCUCUCCAGAUCCAUCACAGGCCUUGCCCGCUACCAACAGUUGACCACCUACUUUGUCAAAGAUCACAGUGUGUAUGCAAAGCACAUACAGCUGAGCGGCCUGUACACCACCAAAGUGGUGAGUGUGAACAAAGAAAAAGGUCACGUGGAGCUGUCACUGCUGCCACAGGACACAGGGAAGCCCGACGUCCUCCCAGAAUCCCUCGGUUUGCCUCUGCGUCUCGGCAGGAAAGAGAAUAAGGGGAAAAGGAAGAGAGCGCAGUGUGAAAGUAAACAAGUGCCGGGCAAGAAUGUGAAGAAGACAGACGUAAAAUCGGACGAAAAUGACAGCGGAGUAGAAGUGUUCUUCCGGGAAGAAGAGAAGCAGGACAAGUCCCGGAAGGCGUGCCGUGCUGUGGAGGGGGUGGAGGCGCAGCCCGUGAGGCUCCACGUGCCAGGGGGCUUUUCGUGGGAUGCGUCUCUGAGCAGCCUGCGGCCCACUACUGCUGCGAAGGAUGAGGACUCCAGUGACGAAGAGGAGGCUCCAGGGCAACCCCGGAAGAAGAGCAAGAAGGACAGAGAGCUGGAGAAGCAGCAGGAGGAGAAGCGGCUGUCGCAGCUGGAGAAUGAGCUGAUGGACCCGAACCUGCAGCCACGGAGCGCCAACGCCUUUGAGCGGCUGGUCCUUAGCUCGCCAGACAGCUCCCUGGUGUGGCUGCAGUACAUGGCCUUCCACCUCCAGGCCACUGAGAUUGAGCAGGCCCGCGCCGUGGCCGAGAGGGCCCUCAAGACCAUCUCCUUCAGGGAGGAGCAGGAGAAGCUCAACGUGUGGGUGGCGCUGCUCAACCUGGAGAACCUGUACGGGUCCGAGGACAGCUUGCACAAGGUGUUUGAGAGGGCGCUGCAGUACUGCGAGCCGCUGCCCGUCUACCAACAGCUGGCGGACAUCUACACCACGUCCAACAAGCAUAAGGAAGCCGAGAUGCUGUAUAAGAACAUGGUGAAGCGCUUCAGCCAGGACAGGGCUGUGUGGCUCAGCUACGCCACCUUCCUCCUGAAGCAGGGCCAGAACGACUCAGUUCAUGCCCUCUUGCAGAGGGCGCUCAAGAGCCUUCCAAAUAAAGAGCAUGUGGAUUUAAUAGCCAAGUUUGCCCAGCUGGAAUUCAAAUAUGGUGAUGUGGAGCGGGGAAAGUCCAUGUUCGACAGGACCCUUUCAAACUACCCCAAGCGCACGGAUCUGUGGUCCAUAUAUAUAGAUCUGAUGAUCAAACAUGGAACUCAGAAAGAAGUGCGGGAGCUGUUUGACCGCGUGAUCCACCUGAGCGUGGCGGUGAAGAGGAUCAAGUUCUUCUUCAAGCGCUACCUGGAGUACGAGAAGAAGAACGGGACGCCAGAGAGCGUGCAGGCUGUCAAGGAGAAGGCGCUGCAAUACGUGGAGGCCAAGGGCUCGGCAGCAGCCAGCUAGAUCUGGAAACGCACACCCGCACCCAUGCAUACACACGCCUGCCGUGUAGCCGUGACCGCCGCUCGCCUGGCUGCACUUUGAGCAGGAAAUUGAUGCGCCCGUCGCUUCUCCUACAGCGCGGUGUCGGCUGCAGUCCUUUCGCCCCUCGCACCCGGGCUGUAAAUGAGCGUAACCCGAAAGUGUCGCCUCUCGUACCGUGUAAACUCUGCUUCCGUUCACUGAGCCCUCGGACCGGCUGGGCAACGGUAUAUGGUUUGGCCUACAAACUGUCUUAGUUAACUGUUAUAGUUUCUAUGAGAAAAUAAUCUGAAGAGUCACAGCUGAUGCUGUUUUUUAUAUAGUUGUUUAAAAUGAUUUCUCAGAACUAUUGUGAAUUUGAAAUGGAUAUUGGAAGUGAGACUUUGCUUUUUUUUUUUAAAUAAACAUUUGUCAUCUGCACUGUUUUCUUUACAGGAUACAUUUUAAAGAGAAUACGGAAAAGUUCUCACUCUUCUGACCCACUGGUCAGGGUGGAUGGGGCACCAAUCCAUCGCAGAGAAGAGAGAGACACACACACACACACACACACCCAAGUCAAUUUACAGUCAUCAGUUUGCCUGUACUGUAUAUCUUAAACUGUGUCAGGAAACCAGAGCACC